AUGGGUUUAAGUCGACGAGCAAAACCAGCCGAAUCGGCAGCAACCACAUCGUCUACAUCCAAGAGGUUCCUAGCUCUCUUUUUGAAUAAAAAGCAAGAUGGUCAAGAUGAAAACAAACGGCCGUAUCAUCUUCGUCUUCGACCCAAGAAAGUAAAAAAUCGGAGCAAACGGAGCCGUAGUCGAAGUUUUAGUGGUGUGAAAGAUGAGACCGAAAGCCCGGUCGGCACUGAUAAUGUUAAGCUGUGUCCGUCCUCCCAUGCACGUGACGCUUCUAGCUCACCCCAAUCUAUUGGCAUCUAUCCACAGCGCUCGUCUCGUUCUUCGUCGUUGCGCUGUUCUCGAUAUUCCGAAUUGUCAGUAUCAUCAAGAUCUUCUCGAGUGUCAUUACGAAGAGAAGGCAGGCAGAAUUUAAAUGCAUUGAUCUCUCAAGAAUAUAAUUGUCGAAGGUCGUCUUCGGACGCAAUGUCCAAGACGCAGACGCUAAUAUCCUUACGCUUUGAUUCUCGUGAAAGAUGGCGAGAAAGUUCGGUGGACGGGUUUUUGAGCUCUUUUCCACGAGAUUUGUCUACAGAUAUUCGAACGACUUGUCAUGUUGUGAACUUAAAGCGGUCUAAGAAAUUCAUGCGCGAGUUGAUUGUGUCGCUUGAGUUUGAGAUUCGAGGAACUAAGUGGGCUGCUUACUAUCUGCAAAUUGUACACAACGCUUGCAAACUUAAACGCAUUUCACAACGAUCGGCAAUUUCAGUUACAUGGGUCAUUUGUGCUUUAGUGCAAAGUGAAGCGCGUACUCGACAGGCUCAGCAAAAGCAAUUAGAUUCAACUUUGCAGCACAAAAUGACGGAGUAUCGAGUAGCAUUGCAGUGUGUGGCCGGUACGAGUGUUGUCAAGUUUGGACGCAAGGGAAAACCUCACGGUACUAACUUGUGUGUGGAGAACGGCGACACGCUACGUUGGACGUCGAAAUUGCUGGCCCAGGCCACGCAUAUUGCCGUGGACGGUGUGACAGCUACAACGACAAUGGGCAAAAAGCGCGUGAAGGCUAAGAAUGCCAUUCCUUUGGCCAGUAUACGUUACAUAACGUCUGGCCCUUCCACAAGUGUCUUGGCACGUGCGUUGCACAAAGACCUUAAGGCUAGGACUGCCGAAGAAAGGGAAUGGCUUCAACGCAGUUUGGAGUUUUUAGUCGAUCUUGCGCAAGAUCAUGAGCGACGAGUAGCUCAGCAAGUAGAACUUACGAUUAUGAAGCGCAUGGAAACUCUACCAGUUUGGAAAUAUGGGCGUAAGGGAAAGCCACACAAGACGCGUGUGUUUGUCGACAGGUUUGGCGAAGUGUCAUGGCUUGGCCGCAGCGGUGACUCGAUCCAACUGGAUGAGAUCAUUUCAGUGCGCGAAGGUCUUGACACACCAGUUUUUACUCGAGCUCGAGCAGUGGGGUUAGUAUCCUCCGCCAAAGCAACGCACUGUUUUUCUUUAGUGACAUCAUUGCGGUCUCUUGACAUUGAAGCUGUGAACGAGCACCAACGUGACUGGUUUGUCGUCGCCUUUCGGUAUUUGCUGGAUAAAGUGCAUGAAAAGACGGCAGCCAUGCAGCGCGAUCGGGCGGAACGACAACUCCGAAUGCUGCAGGACCUUUGUCAUGAAGACGAAGAUGCUGAUUAUCUUGGUGGGGAUGGUGAUGAAAUCUUCUAUAAUGAUAUACCCCCUGCAAGGCACGCUUAA